AUGAUUCAAGAUUACGUCAUUAAAGCAAAAGAGGAUAUUGUUCCUCAAACUACUCAGUUCAAGAUGGUGAUGAAUGACGUUGGGUACAAGAGAGAUCACGACGAUAAUACUGAUACUUCUGAUGAUGAUGAUGAUCACAAGAAGCAUUCAAGAUCAACUAGAACCAGAAAGACCCACAGUCAAAGAACCAGGACUCAUUCCAACCACUCAAGAACCACCAGAGUCCAUAACCACGAUUCUGAUGACAGUGACGAUUCUGACGAUGACGACCAUCAUAAGAAACAUUCAACUAGAACCAGAAAGACCCACAGUCAAAGAACUAGAACUCACUCCAACCACUCAAGAACAACAAGAGUUCAUGGCCAUGAGUCUGACGAUAGUGACGAUUCCGAUGACGAUGAUCAUCACAAGAAGCACCCAAAGUCAUCCAAGACUAAGAAGAGUGGCACCACUAAGACUCACUCCAACCACUCAAGAACAACAAGAGUUCGUGGCCAUGAGUCAGAUGACAGUGACACCGAUGAUGACGACGACCAUCACCACAAGAAGCACUCAAAGUCCACCAAGUCCAAAAAGACACAAAGCAAGAAAACUCGUUCCCACCAGUCAAGAACAACCAGGGUUCAUAGUCAUGAAUCUGAUGAUAGCGAUGACUCCGAUGACGAACAUCAACACAACAACAGACAACACACUCGUACCAGAACAGAUGAGCAUCACAAAGAUCAAUUGAAACCUACAAUUGCACCUACAUUGAUUACAAAAACUUUAGCUGCAAGAGAUUUAGGUGGGAUGGGUAUCCCAGAAAUGACAUCUGCUCCUGAGACUGACCAAAUUAAUGGAGCCACCGUCGGUAAACCAUGUAUUGGCGAAGGUAAAGGUGCUGUUGGAACUACAUCGUCUGAUGCCACGACUUGUAUGACUGGUGGUGUAUUGGGUUUAGUGGCUGUCCUUGCCAUUAUCUACAAGUUGGUUUCUCAUUAUCGCUCACGUAGACAAGAUAGGAUUGAGUCGUCCGUUUAUUACUCUGGAUUGUCUAACGUUGAUGCGAGAGAAAUGGAGGAGUCUAGAGGGACAGAGUUGAACUCCAAUGUUGAAAAGAGAUAA